UUUUUUUUUUUUUUUUUUUUUUUUUUUUUUUUUUUUUGCUUCUGUUAGAGAAAAACCAAAGAUGGGUUUGAUUGCGAGAACUUUUUUCUUGAUUGCCAUGGUUGCAUGCUUUGCUUCAGUUGCUCACGCCAUUGCAGGCCAAGCAACUUUCUACACUCCUCCCUACGUGCCAUCAUCGUGUUUUGGUUUUGAGGAUCGUGGGGUUCUGAUUCUAGCAGCAAACAGUGGUUUGUUUGCCAACAGAGCUGCAUGUGGAGAUAGGUACCGUGUUACUUGCACCGGUAGAACCAAUGAUGGUGUUCUGAACCCAUGCACAGGCAGAAGCGUUGAUGUAACUGUUGUAGAUCUUUGUCCCGGAUGUGCAGCAAAUCAAGUUGACCUUUCCCAAGAGGCGUUUGCUGUGAUUGCUAAUACGGAUGCGGGGAGAAUUAACGUUGAAUAUAACCGGAUGGGAAUUAAUGAAGUACGUAUGCAAUACGCUAAAAUCAAUUCUCUUAUGAUCAGUUUACUUUGAAAUAAAAGACACUCAAAGGUAUUUUAAAUGUAUGCUUCUAUAAGUAUCAUGGCAAUGUAUGAAGUAUCGGUUGAAGAAAAUUUCUACAUUUAGUUAUAUGAUUUCUAUUAUACUUA